AUGAACCUGGAGAAGGCGUAUGGCCGGAUCUCGUGCAACAAACUACGGGCGUGCCGGCAAACAUAUGGGCUCGAAGGCAAGCUACUACAAGCCAUUCAGUCACUACGUGAUGAUGGCACCUGCUACGUCAGAGUAAGUGGCGACCUUCCAUUUUCGACACUGAUCUACGCCAAGGUUGUGUUUUGUCCCCUCCCCUGUUUGUGCAUGGAUGGAAUAGUCAGGAGCAGUCAAGGCGAUGAGUGUAUUAACGUAAACGGAGAAACAGUGGAGAUUGGUCGAGACGUUCAAGUACCUCGGGGUCAUGACAAAUGGGCGGAAGAGAACUGCCAGCGAAGUGAAACGGUCGACUGCGUCCUGCAGGCAUCCUCCGGUUUUAAGGUUAAAACCUCUGUCUUCACGUUCAUCCUGAUGCUCACCUCUGGCUGUGAGAGAAAAACCAUGAUCCAGGAUAAGAGUGGGGUAUCUGAGACUAAUCGCUGGACUCAGGCGUCUCAACGUGGUUCGGAGUGGAAAUAUUAG